UCUCCUCUUCCUAAGCAUCUCCCUCUUUCUCUCUCUGUGUCUGGAAGAGAAAGGGGGUAGAGAGAGAGAAUUUGGUCGUCUCUCCCUCUCCCUCUCCCUCUCCCUCCCUCUCUCUCUCUCUCUCUCUGUGUGUGUGUGUUUCUAGAGAGAGAGAGAAUUUGAUCCUACCAAUUGACGGAGGAGAAAGGAAAAGAGAGGGAUGAUGCAGCAGCAGUAUGGGGAACAGAGCAAUGAGGAAUGGGAGGACGGAUCAUUGCCAAAAAUGGCGGUGGCCAUUGACAGGGACAAAGGUAGCCAGUUUGCGGUCAAGUGGGCAGUCGACAAGCUCCUCAUUGGCAUGCCCAACAUCCUCUUGGUUCAUGUCAGGAACAAAGCUGGACCUGUCCAAAGUGGCUUCAGCAUUAGCGAUGGAUGCCAGGCUUCCAUUCAAGAACAGCUUGAGAUUGAAAAGACACACCUCUUUCUCCCAUUCCGCGGAUUCUGUGCUAGGAAACACGUCAAUGUGAAAGAGGUUGUUCUUGAGGAUGUGGACGUGGCUAGGGCGCUCAUUGAUUUCAUCACGGCCAACAGUAUCACUAGUAUUGUGCUUGGUGCAUCUUCAAGGAACGCGCUCUCAAGGAAAUUCAGGCAGCUGGAUGUGCCCAGCAGCGUCUCAAGAGGUGCGCCGGAGUUCUGCACCGUGUAUGUGAUAGCUAAGGGCAAGACUCCACAUGUCAGGCCGUCCACAAGGCCCGCGCCCCCCGUCCCUCAAAAACAAGCUCCUGUGGCCAGGCCCCAGCCCCCUUUGCCGGCUCCCCUCAAGCCUCCAAUUGGCUCGCCGCAUCAAAGCCAUGAAACCUCUGAUCAGGUUACCACCAACGGGAUGAUGAGGAGUACCUUGACACGCGGAUGUAAACCAAGUCUGCCGGGCAUACAGGGUGGGCCAGGUGCUUCCUUUGACAAGAUGGCAGCCAUGGGUGGAAAGGGCACAAUUCAGAGUCCACAUGAAGAACGCAGGGGCUCACCGAGAUACGGCGAGAACACAGACGCGUUCUGUAGGGCCAUUCCCAACCUCCCUUUAAGUACAGACGGCUUUCCUUCGGACUUCACCUACAUUUCCAAUGGAAACGAUUUUCCCAGCUCCCAUGGAUCACGUUCCGUGGAUUUUGGUUCAGAUGGCUUUGAGAUGGCCUCUUCCUUGGAUGAUAGCCCAAAGAAAUCUGCUAAUUCAACUAGAGACAUGGAGGCUGAAAUGAAAAGAUUAAGACUGGAACUGAAGCAGACAAUGGAAAUGUACAGCAAUGCAUGCAAAGAAGCACUCACUGCGAAGCAAAAGGCAAAGGAGCUUCACCAAUGGCAAAUAGAAGAAGCUCGCAAACUGGAGGAGGCAAAGCUGGCAGGAGAAGCGGCAUUGGCCAUUGCAGAAAUGGAGAAGGCAAAGAGCAAGGCAGCCAUAGAAGCUGCAGAGGCUGCAAGGAGGCUUGCUGAGAUCGAAGCACAGAAGAGGAUGAAUGCAGAGAUGAAAGCCAAGAAGGAAGCAGAAGAAAAGAAAAAGGUACUGGAUGCAUUGGCAAAUUCAGAAGUAAGGUAUCGAAAGUAUAACAUACAAGAGAUUGAAGCUGCCACAGAAUUCUUCUCUGAAUCGCUCAAAAUUGGAGAAGGUGGAUAUGGACCUGUAUACAAAGCUACUUUGGACCACACUGCAGUGGCCAUCAAAGUUCUAAGGCCUGAUGCAGCCCAAGGAAGGAUGCAAUUUCAGCAGGAGGUGGAGGUCUUGAGCUGCAUCAGACAUCCAAACAUGGUGUUACUUCUUGGAGCCUGCCCAGAAUAUGGCUGCCUGGUAUAUGAAUUUAUGGAAAGAGGAAGCUUAGAUGACCGGCUGUUCAGAAGAGGAAACACGCCGAGUCUACCGUGGCAACUUCGCUUCAAGAUAGCAGCAGAAAUAGCAACAGGCUUACUUUUCCUCCACCAAACAAAGCCAGAGCCUCUUGUCCACAGAGACCUCAAGCCAGCAAACAUUUUACUUGAUCGGAACUAUGUAAGCAAAAUCAGUGAUGUUGGCCUUGCCCGGCUUGUCCCACCCUCUGUGGCAGAUACAGUCACUCAGUACAGGAUGACUUCCACUGCAGGAACUUUCUGCUACAUUGAUCCAGAGUACCAACAAACAGGAAUGUUAGGUAUCAAAUCUGACAUGUACUCUCUUGGAAUUAUGCUACUGCAGAUUAUAACAGCAAAGCCUCCAAUGGGUCUCACUCACCAUGUUGAGAGGUCAAUAGAGAGAGGGGCUUUUAAGGAGAUGUUGGAUCCCACAGUUCCAGAUUGGCCUGUGGAAGAAGCUCUCAUAUUUGCAAAAUUGGCACUAAGGUGUGCUGAGCUGAGGAGAAAGGACAGACCAGAUCUUGCAACAGUGGUUUUGCCAGAACUCAAUAGACUGAAAGAUUUGGGAAAUUCAAGUAUCGGUUUCACUCCUGGACUCUACAUGGGACCUCAUUCUCACGUUUCGGAAGGAGUAUUUAUGAGUAACAGCAGAAUCUCAAAUGCCGGACAUCGACCACAAAGAUCUAGUGCUACAGUAGACAAUGCAGAAGAGAGUGAAAAAACAAAUUCCAUGGUAACUGCCAGGAGCGAUGGCAUGAGUUAUAAAUAAAUCAAGAAGGCAUACUGUUAGAUUUUUCUGAAGCAGGAGGAAGGAUGGGGAAGAGAUUGUAUGAGAUUGUCUCUUGAUUUACUUCUCUAUCUUUGUAACAUGUUGGGAAGCCUCAACUUGAUUUUGGCACAUGAAUCCUAUGUACUGGCUCGAAGAAGGGUUCCUCUAAACCAAGAAAGCCAGGACCAUGCAACUGAUGACCAUUUUGAUGAAUCAUCGACAAGCCUCACCAACUUUCACAUUUGGAACAUUUGGGAAGCAUGAACGCCCAUCAACUCUCAUGUGAAAUGAAAUUCUCAUGCUCUAACUACACCUGCACACAAAACCCUGCAUUCAACCGGCACCAAAAGGAGACAAUAGAUCCCAUUAUCUCCUAUCAUCAUGCCUUAAAGUCUCACUUCCUCAUCAUGGUCUAUGCUUGUCAUUCCAUCAUACCAUAAUACGGCAGAUGUUCUCAUCAUGAUCAAUUUAGCUGAAGAUCAAACGGUGUUCAUGUCUCUGGAAUCUAUUACA